AUGGAAGGCCGAAUACGCCGGGUAAUCUGUUUUAAGCGUAAAACUAUUUACGACGGUGGCCGAGACAUUCUUAGCAUGACGGUUGAUGACCUGGCUGCCAUGAACCUUCACCCUGCCACGCUGCAGUACUCAACUCGAACUACCACAGAAUCUAGAUUUUGGUCAAAGGACAAAUCCCAGCUUAGUAUUAUUCUCGCAUUCUCAGAGAUGCCAAAGACGCCUUGUGACUUUCUGUCCAUGACAUACGAUGUCCACGAACGCUCCGCGACCAUCCUUGUCCGACAGUCAUGGGAGCCAAGACGACACAACCUCGAUGACCUCGACGAAUACGAUCAUCGUCUGGAGUCAUGCAGAAAUCAUUGGGCGCACCCUCUCAUCAUGCCUGUCGUGCUUCUCCAAGUGCAAUUUAUGCGAUGUGAAGAGGCUGUUAUCGAGAACAACUCCAACGUGGCUCAUUUGGAAUACGAUGUCAGCAACAUUGCCGGCUUCGAUGCUACAGAAACUGGGAGGCGUCUCAGUCGCACAUUCAGCAAUGGCAAGGAUGGCGAGAGAAUUGCGUGGGGCCCAAGCACCAUGACCAAACUCAUGAAAAGGGCACACGAAGUUCUCAAGGACACCAUCAAACUUCUGGACACUAUUCGUUGGAUGGAGAGAGCUAUAAAAGUGUUGAUCUUGGCAGGAGACGAGUUGAAUGAACGAAUGGGAAACUACUCUAACUUCGGCAACGAUCUCAGUAUGUUGAGUCCCACGGUAAUCGACCCUCUGGGUGGACCUCCCGCAGUGAGUCCAGUUCUGCCUCCCAGAGAUCUCCCUAGGCUUCGAUUUCCCGAUGGAGUGACGGAUGGAGAUUCAUUGGGGCCCCAUUGGCAUGAGAUCAGACAGUAUCUCGACGGUUUACUGCGUCUUUGCAUGGGUCUUGAGACGGAUAGGCGCAUGUCGGAGGCCAGAUGCCGUGCUCAGAUCGAUAUGAUUUACAGUAAGAUGGCCCAAGAAGACAAUAUCCUGAACGCCCGAAUGGCUGUAGCAUCAUCACGUGACAGUUCCUCGAUGAAAGCUCUCGCCGUGAUAACCGCCAUCUUUCUACCCGGCGAAUUUCUUGGAACUCUGUUCGGCAUGUCCAUGUUUGACUGGCUUGGCCCAGAUGAAGAAGACGACGAUUCCUCGAGACCUAUGACAGAUCAAGUCAAGGUGAACCGCUUCGGAAAACACUUUUGGAACUAUUGGGCGGCCGCGAUCCCACUCACUCUUCUGAUUUUGUUCGUCUGGCGAGCUUGGUGGGUUACCCAAGAUCGAUAUUUCAGACGUCAUCUUUCGCAAGAACUUAGCGAGGAGCGUUUCUGGACCGCUGAUGGAAAGCCGCGCAAGCUAGAACGAAGUUUCAUUUGGGAUUUCUUCUACCUUUCAGCGAGGCGUGAUGAGAAACCACGGCCAGCAGAUGACUUGGCUGAACUGGAGACCAUCCAUUCUGGGGGGAAGGAAUGGAAUGAUGGGGGUUUGACUGGGGCUACUAAUAUGAGGCAGAGACAGGUUUUGGAAACGAGGAAAUGGAGUCUUCAUCAGGGAGGGACGAAUGUCACAGUUUAG